AUGUCUGCAUUCCUGACUCCAAUCAAUGUACAGGAAAAGUACGCUCCAUUGGAGUGGACAGGGUUGUUUGACGAGGAGGAAGAUGUCUGCAUUCCUGACUCCAAUGAUGCUAUGUGCAAUGAUUUUUCUGCUGUCAUGAAGGCAAUGUAUGGAGAUUCUCCUCCAGCAACUGUGCUUGUUGGCCACAGCAUGGGGGGAUCAGUUGCUGUGCAUAUUGCUGCGAAAAGAGCGUUACCAAGCUUGGCUGGGCUGGUUGUUGUGGAUGUCAUGGAGGGAACAGCUAUGGCUUCAUUGAUUCACAUGCAGAAACUCUUAUCAAGUAGGAUGCAGCAUUUUUCUAGUUUGGAAAAAGCGAUAGAAUGGAGUGUCAAGGGAGGUUCAUUAAGAAACAUCAAUUCUGCUCGGGUAUCUGUGCCUACCACAUUAAAAUACAAUGAUGCAAAGAACUGGUAUGAAGGCCUUUCAGAUAAAUUUCUAUCAUGUCCCGUUCCCAAGCUCUUGCUUUUAGCAGGAACAGACAGGCUGGACAGAUCUCUUACAAUCGGGCAAAUGCAAGGCAAGUUCCAAAUGGUAGCUGUCAGACACAGACAUGCUAUACAGGAAGACACACCCGAUGAAUUUGCGGCGCUGGUAGUUAAUUUUACAUCCCGUAAACCGGAUAGGUGCUCAUGCGGUCGAGGUACGAGGUCUCCACCGACCAUCACAACCACAACAAUGAAUCAAUGGCCUGCGAUGGACAAAAGAAGUUGA